UCUCUUGUCCAGUACAUGUAUUUGAAGCCGCCCACCCCUCUUUACUGUCCUGUAGGUAACACUGAAACCAUAAACUUCAUAACUACAGUGUAUAUUUGAAAAACCACAAUUCAAAACAGUUUUUAAAAGUAGUCUUUACAUUUUAAAGGGUAUGUUUCAAAUUAUUUCAGUAAGUUUAACUUUAAAGCAGCAGUUUCAGUCAUUUUUCUUGUAAGUGUUCUAAGAACUUAGAAGAAAGCCAGUUUUUCUUCAAUUAAAAAUUAAUGCUUGUAUCACAAGCCACACGUGAUUAUUUGUAAAAAUAUUGACAUGAAUCAGUUUUACAUCAAUAGAAAAUAUAACAAUAGGAAAUUUAAAGGUAUAUUAAGGCAACAUCGCAUUGACAGACAACGCUUUCUAUAAUCGGUUCUGGAGGAGAGUGUUUUAAAUACAUUCUUUGGUCUACAUUUUCAUGCUUACUAAUAACAAACUUCCCUUUGGGUUUUGAAAAAAGGAUACAGUUGCUUAAAGUUGGGUUUCUUGAAAAGAAAAAAGAUGACAUUUACUAAUAUAUAAUAAUUUGUGAAAUGGAGACGGAUUGGAUACUUAUUUAUUUUGUUAAUUUGGUGUGUGUUUCAGCCGUCUUCAAAGAUGUGGUGUAUAUAAUGGACAAAUCUGGGAGUGUGAAGGAGACAGACUUUGAUGAAUCCGUGGACUUUGUGUACAACGUCACAGAGUACUUAGCAAUCGGUUCAUCCGACAUGCAAGUCAGCAUAGUGGUGUUUUCCUCUUCUUAUACAGAGGAAUUUGAUCUUAAUGAUCAUACAACAAAAUCAGAUCUACUGAAUGCCAUAAAGAACUUACGUGGCACAAGUACCACAGGGAGAACCUAUACUUAUGACGCAAUUGAUUACGUCAGGGAAUAUUCAUUCACGUCUGCAAAAGGAGGAAGAACCGGAGCCAAUAGAACGGUUGUGAUUUUAACAGAUGGACUGUCUAAUAAUGGAACUCGAACAAUAACAGCUGCAGAAAACCUUCGGACGGAAGUUGGAGCAGAGGUGUUCGCGAUAGGAAUAGGAUCGACAGUGUCCAAGUCAAAUGAAGAAUUGAAGGGAAUUGCCAACGAUCCUGAUUCUUAUUAUGUCCAUUAUAUUGAUACCUUCGUCUACCUGUGUAACCUGGUUCCAGCUUUGGUUCCAAAACUCGAUAGUACUGUGACCCCUACAUUACUCGCUGAUUGUCCUACCCCACCAACCACAACCCCUGAUCCUUCCAUCACAACAACAGUACAAACUACUGUUACAUCUACAACAUCAACUACAACAUCAACUACAGCAAUAGCUGAUACAACAAGUACGACAACAAUUGCUGAUACAUCAGGUACGACAACAGUCACUGAUACAACAACAGAAAGAGAUACCACAUUAACAACAAUAACAACAGAAACAGCUACACAAACAACAAUACAGACACAAAAUACAGGUAAUAGUGCAGCCUCCUCCUCUUCUGGAAGUGGGUCAUCAAGUAACACGGCGGCCAUUGCAGCAGGUGCUGUGUUGGGAACACUGGCAGCUGCAGCUACUGUUUUUGCCACAGCCAGUCUUCUACGUCGUUGGCAUCUAUCAGUGAAGGAAGACCCAGUGGUCCUAGCUGCAGUCGGCCAGUACCAGCAAGCACCUAUAGGACCCUCCAAGUCUAAGUUUAAUAUUGCAUAAUAUCCUGUACAAAGGCAUAAAAAUAGUGUACAAGGCAAAGUGGUGCUUGAUUUUAGAAGUCAAAUUGGCUUUGAACUUGUUAUCAACAGAUGCAAAAAAUCUUUACGCAAUGUAUAUAUUUCAAGUAUUUCUUUUUAUAUGACAUAUGUUUGUAUAUUUUUCAAGUAUAAUAAAUCUGUUUAACAAAUGCUGAUCGAACUAAAAGUCAUAGUAGAUGUGAAUAUGUCAACCAUGUAGUAUGCAAGAAUAUAUGCUUCUCCAUAGAUUUCAUUUAGUCAGCCUGUAAAACAUCGA